CUCAUCUCCAAUCCACCACAUAUUAUAUCCCCACACCAUGACCAAUAUCCGUCAAGCCAAGAAGCUCCGGUCGUCUCGACCCAAGGCCACCGCCAAGCGCAAUGGUCGCUUGAAGAGCGGCAAGAAGAAGGUCAAUGUCUUGGGCAAUGCGAUCAUCGCCGAGAACUGGGACCGCGACCUCACUCUCACCCAAAACUACCGCCGCCUCGGCCUCAUGCACCGUCUGAACGCCCCCGCCGGCGGCUCCCAACGAAUCACCACGGAAACCGGCUUCGCCGACGCCCCCGAGAACAACCUGCACAUCAAAGGCAGCGUCGAGUCCAACACCAAGAACCUGAAGGUCGGCGAAACGCGAGUCGAGCGCGACCCCGAGACAGGCAGAAUCCUGCGCGUUAUCAACGACGACGAGGUGGAGAUCGCGGGCCGCAAGCACAAGCGCACGAACCCGCUCAACGACCCGCUCAACGACUUGGCCGUUGAUGUCGAUAUUGCUGCUGUCGGACAGGCGGCGCAGGGCAAGGACGCGAGCGCUGUCGUUAGACAGCUGGAGAUUCAGGCUGCGAAGGAGGACUCUGCUGUGUUGGGCAAGAAGCCGCGCCAUACGAGUACGCGCGAGGGAGAGUGGAUUGAGCAGUUGGUGAAGAAGCAUGGGGAUGAUUAUGCUGCUAUGGCGAGGGAUAGGAAGUUGAAUCCGAUGCAGCAGACGGUGGGGGAUAUCAAGCGGCGGAUUCGCAAGUUUGAGGCUGGUCAGGCGUGAGUUGUUGUUGGUUUGCAUUGUGGCGCGCGGCGUUGGGUCGUUUGUUUGAUCUGGGAUAAAAGUUGUAUAUAUCCAUCUUUGCACCUUGGGUCUAAUCUAUUCUU